CGCCGUCACACAACGCCGCCUCCCGUCCCCAUGGACACUCCACCUUCAACCUCCGCUUCAGCCACCGCCUCCUCCUCGCCGGCUGCUGCAUCCAACCCCCGUACUGACCCAGACUAUGCCCUUGUCUCGUCCGUGGCGGACGCGCUCGUCUCCGCCUCCCGCCUGCCCUCGCCGCCGCCCAUGGACACCGUCCUGGCCCCGUACCUCCCGCGCCUCACCUCCUUACACCACCCUCGCGUGCUCUCUCUUGCCGCCGCCAACCCGUCGCUCGCCUCGCCGCACACUCUCCUCGCCUACCGCCGCCUCGUUUCGCCUCCAUCCUGCCUUUCCUCCCUCCUUCCGCUCCUCCCCGUGCUCCCCUACCGCGACCUCCUCCCGCUCCUCCUCGGCUUCGUUCCGCUCGACCCGCUGCGCCACCUCCACCGCCACCUCCUCUCGAGUCUCCCCACGAGCGCGCUCGCCGACGCCGCGCUCUCCGCGUACUCCCGCCUCCGCCUCCCCCACCUCGCCGCGCAGCUCCUUCACUCCCUCCGACGCCGCGGACGCGUCCGCCCCUCCCUCCAGGCAGCUAACGCCGUACUCUCCGCCCUCGCGCGCAGCCCCUCCACCUCGCCGCAGGCCUCUCUGGACGCCUUCCGCUCCCUCAUCGGUUUGCGGCUCCACCCCAACCAUUACACCUUCAACCUCCUGGUCCACACCCACUGCUCCAAGGGCACCCUCGCCGACGCCCUCUCCACGCUCUCCACAAUGCAGGGGUUUGGACUCUCCCCCGACGCUGUCACCUACAACACGCUCCUCAACGCGCACUGUCGCAAGGGCAUGCUUGGCGAGGCGCGGGCGCUGCUGGCCAGGAUGAAGAAGGAGGGAAUCGCGCCCACAAGGCCCACGUAUAAUACCCUCGUCUCGGCGUACGCCAGGCUCGGAUGGAUGAAGCAGGCGACCAAGGUCGUGGAGGCCAUGACGGCGUUCGGUUUCGAGCCUGACCUGUGGACGUACAAUGUGCUUGCAGCAGGGCUCUGCCAGGCAGGGAAGGUGGGCGAGGCAUUUAGGCUGAAGGAUGAGAUGGAGGGGCUCGGCAUAGUAUCACCUGAUGUAGUCACCUACAAUACGCUUCUUGAUGCGUGCUUCAAGUGGCAGUGCUCUUCAGAUGCACUGAAUCUGCUUGAGGAAAUGCGUGACAAAGGGGUGAAGGCAAGUUUGGUCACACAUAACAUUGUUGUGAAGGGGCUCUGCAGGGAGGGACAAUUGGAAGAGGCAUCAGGGCGCCUCAAAAUGAUGGAAGAGGAGGGGUUGGCACCAGAUGUGAUUACAUACAAUACAUUGGUUGAUGCAUAUUGCAAAGCCGGCAAUGUUGCCAAAGCAUUCAUGUUGAUGGAUGAGAUGGUGGGAAGGGGACUCAAAAUGGACACUUUCACCCUGAACACUUUACUACUUAACUUAUGCAAACAGAAGCGUUAUGAAGAGGCUGAGGAGCUCUUACGUUCACCACCCCAGAGGGGUUUUCUACCUGAUGAAGUCAGCUAUGGUACAGUGAUGGCAACCUACUUUAAGGAGUAUAAUCCAGAGCCUGCUCUGCGUCUGUGGGAUGAAAUGGUCGAAAGGAAGUUAACACCUAGUGUUUCUACUUACAACACAUUGAUCAAAGGGCUUUCCAGAAUGGGGAAGUUGAAAGAGGCCAUUGAUAAAUUGAAUGAGCUGAUGGAGAAGGGGUUGGUGCCAGAUGACACCACCUACAAUAUCAUCAUUCAUGCCUACUGUAAGGAAGGGGACUUGGAGAACGCUUUCCAGUUCCACAACAAGAUGGUGGAGAACUCUUUUAAGCCAGAUGUUGUUACCUGCAACACUUUGAUGAAUGGGCUUUGUCUGUAUGGCAAGCUUGACAAAGCAUUGAAGCUUUUCGAGUCAUGGGUAGAGAAAGGGAAGAAGGUUGAUGUAAUCACAUAUAACACCUUAAUUCAAGCUUUGUGCAAAGAUGGCAAUGUUGAUAUGGCUUUGCAUUUCUUUGCUGACAUGGAGGUCAGAGGCUUGCAGCCUGAUGCAUUUACUUACAAUGUUGUGUUGUCUGCACUAUCUGAGGCAGGGCGAUCAGAGGAAGCACAGAAUUUGCUGCAUAAGUUAGACGAGAGCGGAAAGUUAUCUGAAAAAUAUUCUUAUCCUCUAAUGAAUGAGACAGCGAAGAACCCAGAGGUUAAAUGUGACACUGAAAUUGGUGGAAAUGCACGAGGCGAUGAUCAGGAGAACUAUAACAAACGUGUAAAUGAGCUCUGCAUUGGAGGGCAACUGAAAGAAGCUAAGGCUGUUUUGGAUGAGAUGAUGCAAAAGGGCAUGUCCGUUGACAGUUCAACUUAUAUCACUUUGAUGGAAGGCCUUAUCAAAAGGCAAAAGAGGCAAACACAUGCAGCUGGAUAGUAGAUGAUGUGGGUUUUGCUGCUUUGAGAUGUGACAAUGUCCAUGCUUUUGCCAUAACUUCCUCAAAUGGUCAUAAGCUGACUAGGUAUACUUACUAGUCCAUGGAAUAUAUUACAUGCAAGAAUAUCAGUAGCAACAAUUCGAAAUUUUUGAAUUUUUGGGUUCCUGGUAAAUUUCUCUCUCCUGGAACACAAAAUAGAUAGAAAGAUAGAGCAAACGUUAACUAUGUACAAGCACCAGAUCAUAACACAUCAUGUUAUUUCCUGGAAAGUAAAGAAUCUUACUAGAUUAUUUGCAGACUUAGAAAGAGUUGAGCUAUAUGCUUUAUCAGCCUCAUGGACGAUUCUUAAAACUGUUGCCAGCAUUUGUAAACUGGAAAAUUCUGGUUCUGGUUUUCAGAGCUCUGCCUGAUUUGUCCUUAUACCUCUGACGACUACCAGCCAAUGCAAUCAAGUAUGGUUGAAACUAUGUGUAUUUUGACUUCAAACUCAUGUUCUGGAAUUUUGAAUCUGAAUUUUAGGGAAAAGAAAAGAGAGGCAACCAAAUUACCAAGUGAAUAUAGUUGCUGACUAAGAAAAAAUGAGAUCUCGACCUGGUUUUCGGAAUCCUGAUCAGGCCUUUACUUGGGAUACUAUUUGCUGGAACAGUUCUUACUGGCUUAUUAUGACAUGUGAAAUCAGAGGGUGAUGCCAGCGUUUCUAGCAAGAGAAAAUGAAGAUCAUUCUGAACAGGUCCAGUUGGUGCAAACAGAGCAUCAAAUGGAUGAGAAACCAUUGUGAUUUGGACCAAUUGGCUGGCAAUCCAAUUGAAAUAUGGGGAAUGAUUUUUUACAGAAGCUUGGUGGCAAGCAUAUUACUGUCUUAAUCCUGCUUCCAUCAUUGCAGGAUGUGUGCACUAGUGGGCCAUUCAUUACCCAUUUAGAUAACGAAGCGUUUGAUACCCUUUGGGCCUGCCCUUGCUGUAUGUAACAUUGUGUUCUGUAAUACUGCUUUAGGGGCACAUAGGUUGCUGAUUCUUUGUGAUCAGAGAGUGGCUUGAAAUUUUGAAGUUAUUUUGUUUGUUGCCGGUGAAUAAUUUUGCAACGUCAAUCUUAUAGUAGAGAAUUAAAUAUUCAAUCUGAAUAUUAUUGUCAUUCUUUGGUGUCAUUGGCUUAGUUUGGCAUAAACGGUGUUGGUGCUUAGCUCCCUCUAUGGUAUUGCUGCUCGUGCGAUAGCUUGCCUGGCACUUAGGCAAAUCAUAAAACAAUUUGUGAAGACUCUUCACAAAACUUGGGCUAAUAAGUAUAUAGAAAUUGUGAUUGUGAUUGCAAUUUCAAUUUUGCUUAGUUUCAUUGGCCCCAAUCUUGUGUUACCACACGUAAAUUUGCGCUUCAAUGUGCCAAACCCAUCUGCAGUUGCCUGCAAUAACAAUAUGUACAGAAUCAGUUUAAACCUGUUGUUUCUCCACCUGCCAACUUUCAGUCUGCAACCAGCCGUUCUGAUAUUACAUCUUGUUACUACAUAUAAAAGUGCCUUGUUGCAAGCAUGAGAAGUAGAACCUGCUUAAAAUUCCCUGCAAAUGGAACAAUUAGUAGCUGCAGCACGAAUAAACACGCCUGGCUUAACUGUGCAACUAAUAAGUACAAACGCGAGUAUAUAACAAAAUCAGCAUGCAUUUUAAGUUUCGAACCUGUCAUGCUCAUGCCUGAAUAUGGAUGAAUAGUCUGUUUGGUGCAGAAAGAUGAGUUUAACAUUUUCAUUUCUCAUGGAGAAGAACUGAAGAAGGGAGUCAAGCAUAGGACACUGCUGUCUCCAUCCCAGCGCCGGCCCGGCCUGUUGCUCCUGCUUGAUGAUGCAAAGGGAAGGUUCCUGCUGUAAUCUCCUGCUCGUCCCCUACUCCCCUGUACGUUCCGUUGGUUGUACCUUGCUGGCCGCUUCCCGGCUAAAGUUCAUCGUGACCUCUUGAGUAUUUCAAUUCUGUCAACCAAUAUAAUGAAUCCAUGGUGAGUGGCACCUUGCUGAUGAGGUGGGGGUGGCCAUGUAUAUGUAUGUGAGUAGUCGAGUAUAAAUUCUUCAGAGAAGCAGUGGUUGUAAUGUCACUUCGAAGUUGGAAGCUACUCCCUCCGUCCCAAAUUAUUAGUUGUUUUGUUUUUCUAGAUACAUAGUUUUUGCUAUGCAUCUAAAUAUAUGUAUCUGGAAAAGAUAAAAUGACUAAUAAUUUGAGACGGAGGGAGUAUAUUCUGUGGACACCAUUUGAGGUAGGUAUGGUCAUCUGUGUUAAUCUAUGGAAAAUGUUCAUCAUCUUUAUGUUGCAUAUUGCAAUUACACUGUAAACAAAUAUUGUUUAAGGCUUAAGAGUACUUACAUGUG